CCCUCCCUGCUCCCGUUACCCGGUCCACGUGUCCGAACGGUUCCGUCUCCGCGCGCGCGCGCGCGACAAAAGAGCAACGACGACUACGCCUACGAUGGAAGUCCGACGUGCGGUGAUCCGGCAGUGAUGAGCUUCGCGUUCCGCGCGGCGCAUACGACCCCGAGACGUGCGUGUCGCCACCGCCUCUGCCCGCACGACGGUCGUCCGGAAGAAAAAAAAAAAGAGGAGUGUGAAUUCGUCAAUACGAAAAGCAUGAAGCAAUCCGCAUGAGAGGUAGAAUGACAGCCAACAAAAAGCACAAAAAAGCACACGGUAACCAGCAAGCCAAAGAACCAUACUACACUAUUAGAUACCUAUUUAUAUUCGUAACGACAUUAGCAUCGGUGACGGUGUACCACAUUCAUAAAGAGUUGGUGAGACCAAAACUCGAACAUUUGGUCGUUUACGAAAAUUUGACUGAUCGUGACCCAAGAGUCACAUGUCAGUUUCCUAUACUCAAUCCGUUUCAUCCGUCCAUUCUAAAAUACGUUUUUGUGCCGAAACCUAUAAGAUGUAUGGAUCGGUCUUAUCGUUUAACUUACAUCGAUAUGAACACAGGCCUUUUACAGUUCAAUGAUACAGGGUUCGAAGAGUCCGGAUAUUCAUUGGGUUCAAAUACGCUUUAUUGUUUUUAUCAAGAAAUAUUUCGUCCAAUUGAUGACGAUUUUCGUUUGGAAUAUGGACCGAAAAUUCCUAUCGUCGGUCUACAUGAGCCACAGACUGAUUUCAUAUACGUGGCCUGCACGAAUUUCCUCGGGCUUACGGUGUACCACAAUUUCCACGCUUACGCUAGGAGAAGGCCAGAAGUCAGAAAGUUUAAAGACGACAUGGAACUGGGCGUGGCCGUUAUUGGAAUCGAUUCCAUAUCACGGUUAAAUUUUAUGAGACAAAUGGUGAAUUCCUAUCAUUUCAUCACUGAAGAAAUGGAUGGUGAUGUGAUGUAUGGUUUUACUAAAGUGGGCGAGAACACUUUCCCGAAUGUGAUCCCAAUGCUAACGGGUCGGUCAUUCUUAACGGAACACAAUAAUAAGUUUGAUGAUUGGCCUUACAUAUGGAAAGACUUUAGUAAAGAAGGCGCCGCAACUCUUUACGCCGAAGACCAGCCAGAGUUCAACAUGUUCGACUACUUAGCAAACGGUAUUACUUUACAGCCCACUUUACAUUAUAUGCGUACUUAUUGGUUGGCCGUCGAACAGUCCAUGUUGUACAAGAUGAGCUCGCCUGGUUGCCUCGGACCAACGCCUAAGCACCUUAUCUACUUUGACUAUUUAAAAUCAUUCCUAAAAGUGUACCAAGACUCGCCGGUAUUCUUGUUCUCGCUUUUCAAUGAAGUCAGCCAUGACUUUGUCAAUACAGUCGGGGUGAUAGACCUAGAUUACAUGCAAUUUCUCAAGUCUUCUUUUCGCGAAGGGCUUUUUAACCGAACUGUGAUUUUUGUACUCGGUGACCAUGGAAACCGCAUGGAUUUCAUUCGGCGGACCAAAGUUGGAACCAUUGAAGACCGAAUGCCAAUGGUUACCGUAAUACUUCCAGAUUGGAUAAUAGCAAAGUAUCCAUCCUGGAAAGAAUCACUCCGUGAAAACCGUAUGAGACUGACAUCCACAUUCGAUAUUUAUGCUACAUUUAGACAUGUGUUAAGUACAUUAAAUAAUCGGAAAAAAUCAACCGAUAUCGAAAAACAGAUGCUUAAUAAUAUCCAAGACGAGAACGUUAAGCAUCAUUUUUCAGCUGCUAGCACAGGCCUGUCACUUUUUGAACCCGUUCCAUUGCUAAGAGAUUGCAAAGAAGCUGGCGUGGCUCAAUGGCUAUGUGUUUGCCACGAGGGUCAACAAAAGCAACUUGAUCCAGAACAUCCAUACAGUAUUGGAGCUUCAAACGAAGUCAUAAGGUAUUUUAACGAAUUAUUGGAUGGUUUUGAAAAUUGCGCUGAAAUUAAAUUGGCUCUUGUAGAACAUGCAUAUUUGUACGAAGCAUCGCAGAAAUACGAUGAUGGAAAAGUGUACGAGAAAUCUAUUCAAAUUACAUUCAAAGCUACUCCAGGUGAUGGGUACUUUGAAGCUACGUUAGGCAUGGAAACAAAAAACGGAUGCCAAACAUUUAAAGUUAUUGGUGAAGUGUUUAGAAUUAACGAAUACGGCCAUCAAGCUGAUUGUUUAUCGAGACCGGUGCUCGCCAAAAUGCCAAUUUUAAAAGGGAUUUGUUAUUGUGAUUCAUUAUAAUAUAUUAUUUAACUGUA